UUCAAUAAGUCAAUGAAAUAGUGCUUGACAGAAGAGACGGAGAGAAAUAGAGAUGUUCGUAGCCCUGGGCGCUCAAAUUUAUCGGCAAUAUUUCGGACGACGCGGAAUGGCGAUGGCAAAUAACAGUUCGGUGGCCAAUAAGGUCUGUCUCAUCGUUAUUGAUGGAUGGGGAGUUUCUGAAGAUCCUUACGGUAACGCUAUUCUCAACGCACAGACACCAGUUAUGGACAAGCUGUGUUCGGGCAAUUGGGCUCAAAUUGAGGCACAUGGUCUUCAUGUUGGUCUCCCAGAAGGAUUGAUGGGAAAUUCGGAAGUCGGACAUUUGAACAUCGGAGCCGGACGUGUUAUCUAUCAAGACAUUGUUCGUAUUAAUCUGGCAGUCAAGAACAACAAAUUUGUGACUAAUGAGAGCUUGGUGGAUGCUUGCGAUCGUGCUAAAAACGGAAAUGGACGUCUUCAUCUGGCCGGACUUGUUUCUGACGGAGGUGUUCAUUCUCAUAUUGAUCACAUGUUUGCUUUGGUUAAGGCCAUCAAAGAGCUCGGAGUUCCAGAACUUUACCUUCAUUUCUACGGAGAUGGUCGUGAUACUUCUCCAAACAGUGGAGUUGGAUUCCUUGAACAAACCCUCGAGUUCUUGGAGAAAACUACUGGAUAUGGAAAACUAGCUACUGUAGUUGGCCGCUACUAUGCUAUGGAUCGCGAUAACAGAUGGGAGCGUAUCAAUGUUGCAUACGAGGCAAUGAUUGGAGGUGUUGGAGAGACUUCCGAUGAGGCUGGGGUUGUUGAAGUUGUUCGCAAGCGUUACGCUGCUGAUGAAACAGACGAAUUCUUGAAGCCAAUCAUUCUUCAAGGAGAGAAAGGACGUGUUCAAAAUGACGAUACAAUCAUCUUCUUCGACUACCGUGCUGAUCGUAUGCGUGAGAUUUCUGCAGCAAUGGGAAUGGAUCGUUACAAGGAUUGCAAUUCGAAGUUAGCUCAUCCAUCAAAUCUUCAAGUAUAUGGAAUGACUCAAUACAAAGCCGAGUUCCCAUUCAAAUCGCUGUUCCCGCCAGCAUCGAACAAAAAUGUAUUGGCUGAGUGGCUCGCCGAGCAAAAAGUUUCGCAAUUUCAUUGUGCGGAAACCGAAAAAUACGCUCACGUUACAUUUUUCUUCAAUGGAGGACUUGAAAAACAAUUUGAGGGAGAAGAAAGGUGUUUAGUGCCCAGUCCAAAGGUCGCAACUUACGAUCUUCAACCAGAAAUGUCUGCGGCCGGCGUUGCUGACAAAAUGAUUGAACAACUCGAGGCUGGAACUCAUCCAUUCAUUAUGUGCAACUUUGCUCCACCAGAUAUGGUCGGGCAUACGGGAGUCUAUGAAGCUGCUGUCAAGGCCUGUGAAGCUACUGAUAUCGCAAUCGGAAGAAUCUAUGAAGCAACUCAAAAGCACGGAUACUCACUUAUGGUUACUGCUGAUCACGGAAAUGCUGAAAAGAUGAAGGCUCCAGAUGGUGGAAAACACACUGCUCACACAUGUUACCGUGUUCCACUCACUUUGAGCCAUCCAGGAUUCAAAUUUGUCGAUCCAGCCGACCGUCAUCCGGCCCUUUGUGAUGUUGCUCCAACAGUUCUCGCUAUUAUGGGACUCCCUCAACCAGCUGAAAUGACUGGGGUCUCGAUUGUUCAGAAGAUCUAGAUUCAAGUACAAUGAUUUCAAUAUUCAAGUUCUAUGAACUAUAUUUUCUACAGUAUUCUUUUGUCCAAUUUCUUCCCAAUUACCUACUAUUCAAUUCUGUUUAUAGUCUGAAAAUUUUUAUGUAUUUAGAUCCUUAAAUUAGUAUGAAUAAAAUUAUAUUGCACUG